AUGAGUGAAGCGAGAUCGCCAGCAGCGUUGCUGGACGCGGUGACUUCUUUGCGAAGCUCCUUCGCUCGACUGGAGCUUCGCAGUCAGGCGCUGGCCCAGUCCCGCAGGCGUCUGCGGGACCGAGGCGUGGAGCGAGCCCUGUCCAAGCCAGCCCAGGCUCACGCGGAGGACCUCAGGCUUGCGCUGAUUGCUUCCUUGACUAAGUGGCAAAGUGGGCCUGGGCUUCAGUUGACAUGGUGGGAGAAGGAGGAGCCAGACGAUCUGCUGGAUGUCCGACGACGCCGGAGUUCCCUAGCAAGCGUCUCAAGCCUGCAACGCGUGGCUACGACAGGCUGCAUUCGAGAUCCAAAAGCAAGGCUCGCGUGGAAUUCGUCAGAUGUUUCUAUGGACUCUGAUGAAAGCAGUCUAGAUGGCUCGAGACAACCCACAAUCCAAGACUUACCACACGUCACAAAAAAGCAGUCUGCCAAGAAAGGGUCGAUGUCCAUGCGACCCUUCUCUGCUGUUAACAGCAGACAUAUGCAAAAAGUUCGAAAACAGUAUACUAUGCUUGAAAUUCCUCCAGACGUGCCGGCCUCUGUGGAAGAUUGA